AUGACACUCACGCGGACUGCUGCACGGCAGAUUGGGCUCAGACAGCCUGCCAAAGUAGACCAAGACGCCGCUGGACAGCAUGCUGCAGGCAACACUUCAUCGCCUUUUGGUCCCUCUGUGGGCCAGCGCGGCUCGUGCUUGGCUGCUUCGAGCACAAAGCUGACUUCAGAGAUGACACCCCGACCAGCACCUGGCAUUGCCGCUGACAGCGAGGCCGACUACGAUACGGAUGAGCAAGACGAAGAGAUGGACGACUCGUUCGACCAUGACACGGCGGAUGAGUCAUCCGAUGAGGAAGACAACGACUGUGACAUGUCACCUUAUACUCCACAUGAACCCGCGAACCUGCGAGCGCCCGCUAUCGUGGGCAGCGCUCAAAGCCGUCUUGCCGUGCCUCCCAUGGCAAGCCAAGACAAGGGCAAAGCUCCACAGAUAUCUCAGUCUGCUCCUGUGUAUCACGCUUCGUACGUCGACCGUCGUCGAAGCAGCGCCGCAGCGCGGGAUACCGAGUUCGCAUUCUAUGAGCGUACGGUCAUCUAUUCUGACGAGGAAGACGUCGAUGAUGAUGGCUAUACGGAUGAGCAUGAAGGCACGUUCAUGGACGAAGGCACGUCCGAGACAUCUACAUCUCGGGCAAAGAAAGGCAAGGCGAGCGCAGAGGGUCGCUCGUACGACGAGAUACGGGCAGAAAGGCGCAAGAGCCUUAAUUCACGUCGUCCUGUCAUCACGCUCCGACGUGAUUCCGGCUGGGCGUUCUCACAAGAGGCUUUGAUGCCAAGCUUUCUGCGAGAGCAUUAUCACGAAUGGCAUCCUGAGCUUGAAGGUCUACCUCCUAAUGGAACCCGCACGACAGGCGCAUCUGCUCUGUCCCUCUCGCGUCCUCCCAAUGACGAUGGAUACAGUGCGCCGAGCAGGCAUCGUUCAUACGGCGGAGAAGACUUCGACCGGCCACCGGUCGUAGCAGAGAUUCACAUCAGUCCAGAUGACACACGCGCCAUCCUGCCAUAA